AUGUCGAUCCGCUGCAAGGAACAGGCAGAGCCCAUUCCCUCCGAUCGAUGUAUCAACCAGGCACAGAACUCAAUUGAGGAACAAAAUGCAAAUCUAUCCUCCACACUCCGUAGCCUUAUCAGCGGUCUCCGCAGCCUGGAAAUUUCUUCAGUUGGGUUGCGAUUUGUCAUUUCACUCGCACUCGCGUACGGCGGUAGAGCCGGAUCGAUAUGUUCGCGAUAA